AUGGCUUUUCCUAUUACAAGCACAGGCAUUGAUCAGUUUUCUUCUUUCUUGUCAAAAUGUGGUUCCUUGAGGGCGCUCAUUGUAAGGUCAAUGUGGUUGAAAGAACACUUUAUGAAGUUGCCACCUGUAGUAAGCAACCUUCAACAUUUGAGGCAUCUAAAUCUUUCAAGAUCUGAAAUUGUUGAACUACCCAAUUCAAUUUGUGACUUGUGGAACUUACAAAUUUUAAACCUAAAUGAUUGUGCUGAACUUCAAAGUCUACCCAAAGGCAUGAGAUUCCUCAGAAAUCUUCGACAUCUUUGUCUACGAAGGUGCUUGGAAUUGACUCACAUGCCAAGUGGAAUGGGGAAGUUGACUUGCCUACGGACGUUGAGUAUGGUCAUCUUGGGUGGCAAAAGAGGCUUCCGACUAAGUGAGUUGCAAGACUUAAAUAUGCUUAGAGGAGAGCUAUCAAUUAGGCACAUUGAGAGGGUUGAAGACAAAAAAGAUGCAAAAGAAGCUUGCUUAAUUCAAAAACAGAGUCUCCGCAAGUUGUAUUUGGAUUGGGAUUCUGAAAGAAUGUUUGAAAGGCACAAUGAUGUGGAAGUGCUCAAAGCCUUGAAACCCUGCCCCAAUCUUCAAUUGCUGCAUAUACAAGGCUUCAAUGGUUCAUCUUUUCCACCUUGGAUUUCAACUGUAACAAAUGUUUAUGUCCUCCAAAGUGCAGCGGAGUACAUAGUUGGGGCCCAGGAGAGUACUGCCGCUGUUGCUGCAAUGUCCCCAUUGUUGAAACAACUGCGGUUAACGAGGAUGCCCAACCUAAAAGGAAUGUUAGGAAGAGAAGUCCAAGGUGCUGCUAAUACUCCAGGGGUACUCUCUCAACUUCAAUACUUGUCUUUUGUUUAUUGUCCAACGUUGACAUUGCCAUUGCCACGUAUCCCAUCCCUAAAGAAGUUACUUGUCUGGAAUUGCCCGAACAUGGCAUGGGCUUCAAUCUCCAAUCUCACUAGUCUUAAAUCCCUUAUAAUUAUGGACAUUGAAGGAUUGAGUUGUUUUCCAGAAGAGAUGCUACAAAAUCUUAGCCUUCUUGAAUCCCUGGAAAUUAGGGAGAUGAAGAAUCUUCGAGCCUUACCCAGAAGCUUGGCUAGCCUCACGGCUUUGAAGGAGUUGGCCAUCGCGCACUGUGCCCAGCUGAAGUCUCUGCCAAAAGAAGGAUUGCGAGGCCUUGCUUCUUUGCAGAGUUUCAAUAUCAACGAAUGCUAUAAUUUGGUGAGUCUCUCAAUGGGGACUAAAGCCCUCAAAUCCCUGACUCAUCUACGCAUUUCAAGGUCAAACGCGACAACUCUGCCAGAGGAAGUCAAAUAUUUGCCCACACUACAAAAACUAGAGCUGAAUGAUUUUCCCAAUCUAACUUUAGUGCCGGACUGGUUUGGAAACCACCUAACUUCUCUUCAAGAAUUGACACUAAAAUAUUGUUCCAAGCUUCAAACGGAAACCUUUAUGGUAGGAAGCCUUUGA